CAAGGCUUUGAUCACAGCGAGAUUGAAGUUUUUCAGGAGUUGUGAAAGUCUCCUCGCUCCUGCUGACCAGCCAAUGCUUUCCAUGGGUCUUGCAACUUCUCAUCAAUUGCCUGCUAUCCACGCCUCAAGGCGCUUCAAAACAAGCCCGAUUCCAACUCUUGUGCUGGUUACCACUCUUGUGGUGCUUGCUGCGUUUCACGGUCAAGCGAACGCCGCAAAAACUAGCAACAGGAGCAGCAGCAGCAACAGCAGCAGCAGUGGAGAGGGAGGGGGUGGGGGGGUGGUGUGGGAGUUGGAGGAAGGGCGAGUCGUGAAUCCUGGUUUCACAAAGUCCAGGACGACAGAUAACCCCGAGUGGCUCGCCAACCUGCAAGCCGGAUUGUUCAUCAACUGCGGAGGACCCAACGUGACCACCCUCUGGUUCGCCGACAGCACUGCCAUCACUUGGACCUCCGAUGCCCCUCUCAUGACCCUCGGCGCGCCCUUCACUAUCACUCCUGCUGCUGCUGGCAACCGGAGCAACAGCAGCAACAGCAGCAGCUCAGCGCCCUUGAUGGGCAUACGGCCGUUGGCAGGAGUGCAGCGGAACGGGAGUAGUGCUGCAGGGAAUGGUACCAGUGGAAGGAGCAACGGCUCGAUUGUUGACUUUAUUGUCAGCACUUUCAACAGCACUGCCGCCAACGGCACUGCAACCAACGGCACUGCAACCAACGGCACUGCAACCAACGGCACUGCAACCAACGGCACUGCAACCAACGGCACAGCAACCAACGGCCUCACAACCAACAGCACCACAAGCACCAGCUCUCCACCCACCGCUGCUCCAUCCCGCACACCUUCCAGCAUACCUAUACCCUCCCCCAAGAACAACACCACCACGACACCUUCAGACACCAUCCCAAUCACCCCUCCCUCAACCGAAGCCAAAACCCUCCUCACCUUCUCCGACCCCUCUCUAGCCCUCAUGGCGCCCGUAUUCGAAUCCGCCAGGGCGUUCAACGCGCGGGAUGGACUCACUCUCUGGUACUCUCUCCCUGUGCCCGAACCUGCCUACUACGUGGUGCGGCUGUACUUUGCAGAGCUUGUGAACCGAGUGCCAGGAGCAAGGCGGUUCAAUGUGAGCGUGGAGGGAACCGAGGUGCUGCCUGCGUUUGCCAUCGGGCAACGGUUCCCCACUGUGGAUCGCACCCGCGCAGCUGCUGCUGGGGCUGCUGGCGGUGACGGCUCUGUGGACGUGUUCUUCACCUCGGGGGACAUCGGUGACCCCAUCAUCUCCGCCAUCUCUGUGCUCGAGUGCCCAAAAGGAAUGUACAACCUCACAGCACCGAACAGCACCGCUGUGCUUGCUUCGCUGUACCACAUUGGGGCGGGAUUGACACCCAACUCGUUCUUCCUGGACGCCAUUGGCCGCUCGUGGCUGCCUGACACGCCGUACCUUGCCGCCCCUUCGCCGGCCAACACAAUGACUGUGGACAACGCUCCUGGGAUUUACAACUCGCUGUUCUCAAUGGAGAACGGAGACAACCCCAACAUGCCGCCAGAUGCCGUAUUCACUAAAUGGCGCACAACUGUGAACGGGCACGAGACGGAGCCGCAGGCGCGGUUCAAGGCGCACACGCUGCAGUACGUCUUCCCCGUGCCGCCCUCCACGCCCCUUGCUGUCUUCCUCGGCUUCCGAGACGGGCUGUUUGAUUUUCCGGGGGCGCGCUUCCUGCAAGUGUUCGUGGACGGUCAGCUGGCUGUGAAGCCCUUUGAUGCCUUUGCUCCGCCCGCCAACUAUUUGGCCAAGGAGCUUUACGUCACCAGCAACGCCUCUGGCUUUCUCACUAUCGAGAUUGCCAACGCCAAUUACACCGGCUUCACAUGGGACGCGUUUGUGAAUGCAGUGGAGGUGUUUCACAUGCUGCAGUGGGAGGAGGGGCGCGAGGCGGCGUUCAAGACCACUUUGCAGGCCGCACAGCAGCAGGCAGACCCCACUGUCGUCGUGCAGUCCGUCUGGCGGGGCAUCCUGCUGGGAGUGGUGUCAGCAGUCUUUGUGCUAGCUAUCGCCCUGGCAGUGCUGUUAGGCAUGAGAUGGCUCAAUGCGCGCAGAGCAGCAGCGGCAGCAGCUGAAGCCGAAAAGGAGAAGCUCCUGGGCGCCCGACCCAACAGCCGCUUCAACCGCCGAGCCAACGCCGCAGGCUCGGUGUCGUACAUGGGCAGCAGCUUUGGCGGAGGGAUGAACGGCAGCAGCGGAGGGGGCAGUGGGGGCGGCGGGGCAGGGAGCAAGGCGAUAUCAGCGUUUGGAGCACACUGCUUCACGUGGGAGGAGAUGAGGGAGGCCACUAACGACUUUGCACCCGCCAAUGUGAUCGGCAAGGGAGGGUUCGGACAGGUGUUCCGGGGGCAGUUGGAGAGUGGGCACAUGGUGGCGGUGAAGCGGCUGGACGUGGGGUCGGACCAGGGCGAGAAGGAGUUUGUCACCGAGGUCGAGCUGCUCACGCGCCUGCACCACCGCCACCUCGUGUCGCUCAUUGGCUUCUGUGAGGAGGACGACCAGCGCCUCAUGCUCGUCUAUGAAUACGUGCCCAAUGGCACGCUCAGGCAUGCACUGCAUGAUGCUGACAAGGCUCGGGAAAUGACCUGGAACCUUCGCCUCAGGGUGGCGUUGGGAGCAGCCAGAGGAAUCGAGUACCUGCACCGAGGCGCCCUGCCACCUGUCAUCCACCGCGACAUCAAGACGACCAACAUACUGCUGGACUAUCAGAUGAACGCCAAGGUGGCGGACUUUGGGCUGUCCCGCCUGGCACAGCAGGCUGUGAGCGGCACGCACCUGGACCUCAUCAGCACCAACGUCAAGGGCACCAUGGGCUACCUGGAUCCCAACUACUACACGAAGCAGCAGCUGACGGAGAAGAGUGACGUGUACAGCUUCGGGGUCAUCCUGCUGGAGCUCAUCUCCGGCAAGGCGUCACCGUGCAUAGAGGCGGGGAGGGUGGACGUGGUAGCAGCAAGGGACUUUCCUGUUGUUCACUCUUUUAAGAUGACCCAAGCGUCACCGCGCAUAGAGGCGGGGCGGGUGGACGUGGUAGCAGCAAGGGAGCUGCAGGCGGCGUCAGAGGCGGUGCUGCAGUCCAUGCAGGCCGUGGGGGAGCUGGCUCUCGCAUGCCUUGAGAUGCAGGCGCGCAACCGCCCCACCAUGUCGCAGGUUGUGCGGCAGCUAGAAGAAAUCCAGCUGGCGCUCGCAGAAGAAGACGAGGACGCCGUUCAGAUGCUGCCCCUCUCCACCGCCUCCACCUCAGCAGCAGCAGCAGCAGCCAACCUCGGGGCCUCCCUCACCGCAUCUGGCAUCCCUCCGCCUCUCCCUCUGCCCACGGUGGACGAGGAUGCCUCAGCAGACUUCUCCCACCCCAGUGCGGCCAGCAACAGCAACGUUUCGGCUUCCAACCGUGCCUCGCCGCGCAUUUCCCCUCGCAGUCCUGGCAAUGGGGUUGAUGCUGCCGGUUCUGGUAGCUUCACCUCCCCACGAGGCACCCACAAGCCAGAAGGGAGUGCUGGUGCUGCUGCUGCUGGUGGUGCUGGUUUUGGUGCUGGUGCGAUCAAGUCACCUCGUACUCUCAUCACCUCGCCUUACUCCCCUGCCCCGCUCAAUCGAACCUCCUCCCUCCCCUCACCUUCAUCUUCCCACCCCCCCGCCCUCUCCCCCAAAUCGGCACUCUCUCCCUCGUCCAAGCCUGCAGCCUGGGCCAAUCAGUGCUGGCCACGUGGCACAGGGAACAGGCCUGGCAGCAGCAGCAGCAGCAAGGGCAAGGAGAAGGGAGCUGGUGCUGCUGGGGAGAAUGGCAUGCAAGUGCAGGAGGGGGAGAGAAUGGAGGAAGUGGAGGUGGGGCAGGAGGGGGAGCAGGUGGAGAUUCAGAGCCCUAUAAUAGAGUCGGACCAGGCACCGCUCAAAUCGGCCAAGUACCUCUCCAGCGGCCCAUUGUUGUAG